UUGAAAAAAAGUAUCACAUGUAUGACUUGUAUCUAUUUUUCCUCUUUUAUCCAUAGACCCAGAAAUAGAAAGAAAAAAGAUAAAGAAAAAACGUGGCCCCAUGUCUGUUUUUUUUUGGUUCGUCUUUUUAAGCAUGGCCUUCCCAUCUCUCUAUAAAUGAGAGCCACCGCCAACCCUAAACUUCCCUCAUCCAUUUGCUCAAAUAAAAAACUUCACUAUCAGCAAUCAACCUACAUAUAGAGAGAGAAUUAUAGAGAGAGAAAAAGAAGAGAUGAGAAACCCAUCCUUGGCGACAGCAUCAUCAUCAUCAACAACGAGCAGCAAAACUCCAUGUUGCACCAAAGUGGGACUGAAGAGAGGGCCAUGGACACCUGAGGAAGAUGACCUUUUAGCUAACUACGUCAGGAAAGAAGGCGAAGGACGGUGGCGUACGCUUCCCAAAAGGGCCGGUUUGCUCCGCUGCGGCAAGAGUUGCAGGCUCCGGUGGGUCAAUUAUCUCCGGCCCAACGUUAAGAGAGGCCAGAUCGCUCCUGACGAGGAAGAUCUCAUUCUUCGCCUUCACCGAUUGCUUGGAAAUAGGUGGGCUUUGAUAGCUGGAAGAAUCCCAGGACGUACAGAUAACGAGAUCAAGAACUACUGGAAUACGCAUCUAAGCAAGAAGCUCAUCAGGCAAGGAAUAGAUCCAAGGACUCACAAGCCACUCAAGCUUUACCCUAACCUCAACUCCUCAAGAAAUGUUGAUUCCACAUCACCAAAUCUCAACCCGACUCCCAACCCUAACCCUAAUUCUUUGGGAUUAGAGCAAAUCCGCGGGUGCAAUCAAUCCACCACCAACAGGAUUGCUGCAACUUCCGCAGCUACUAACCUUGAUCACCAUCAAAACCGGCCUGUCGUCAAUGAUGAUAAUGAUCAGAAGAGGCAAAAUUAUGUUGGGCUGAUGAUGGAAUCACAAAACAAUCAUGGAAAUUAUAGCAACAAUGGACAGGAUAUUGGGUACUGCAAUGAUGAUCCAUUCUCUUCAUUUCUGAAUUCUUUGAUAAACGAGGAUGUGUUUGCCAAUCAACAGCUCAGUAACUUGAUUGCACCAUCUUCUUCCCAACCGGUAGUAUCUUCCAUGCCGACCUUCAAUUAUGGCAAUGUCUGGGAAGGUGGACUCACAUCAACCAUGGCUGCUUUGAGUACUGAUGAUCAAAAAGGGUUUAAUAAUCAUUUCUCUAGAUCAAUAGAGUAGUACAUCAAGAUUAAAAUAGGUUGUACUUGUUAUAUUUUGUGUGUGAUAUCGUUCUAAUUAAUUUGUUUUAUGUAUGGAAAAUAUAUGCAUCAGGUAAGGAAACCCUAGAUUGCAUGCUAGCUUGUUAAUUAUAGACAGUGAUAGCAUAUAUAGGGUUGAUGACAUAUGUAUUUAUCUUAUCGUAAACAAUCGAAGUGUUGUUCUUUCU